AAGUCCAAUGGUUCCCACGCCAUUCAGAACCUUCACGGGGAGCUCUCUGCUGCUCAGGCGUCAGUGCGUGCGCUGCAGUCCACAGUGGAGGUCAUGCAGCAACAGAUGCGCAAGUCGUCAUCCGAGAGUGCAUCACUGCUGGAGGAGCUGACGGAGCUCAAGGCACUGCGCCUCACAGAGGUCACCCAGCACAAGGACCAAGUGGCACACCUGCAGAGCACACUCACAUCCCUCCGCCACGCAUUGGACAAGGAGCGAGACACCAACACGCGCCUGCUCCGCACCCUGCAGGAGGCAGAGAAGGCGGCUCUGGAGGUGGCGACAGAUGCACAGGGCAUGAGCACGCACGCGCACAAGCUCAUGCGUCUUGCUGCCGGGCAUAGGGACCGCCUUGGCAAGGCUGCUGCUGCUGCCGCUGCUGUUUCUGCUACUGCUGCUGCUGCUGCUGCCGCUGCCGCUGGUGCUGGGGGUGGCAAGUGA